AUGGCAUCUGUUGAUAACGGCGAGCAGCAGAGUGAAACGCCAACUGAACUGGAUCCUCCGCAGACGGUCGACUUGACUCAGCACGGCACAGUUACUGGUCCGGAGUCUUCGGAUGAUACUGGUUUAUCGGCAGCGGUUGACACGGGAGAAGACCUACCUGAAUCAUCGGAAGUGUCGACUACAACGUUGAAAGAUGUGGACCCAGGACGGACGAUAGGCCACCACCAACUGGAUUCAGAGGUUGUCGUAGAAGACAAAGACGAUGAUGAUGAAGCAGACGGAGGAGAUGAUGGCGGCAAUGAAGUUUUCGACGACGACGAAGAGGACAAAGAAUCCAAGGGCAAGAAGGACACCACAGACAACGAGGAGAAUGGUGACGCUGACCUUGCCAGCUUUGAAUCGGAAGGCAGCAGUGAUGACGACGAUGAAGACUACCAUCCCUCGCGGGCACCCAAAGGAAAAGGAAAGAAGGCAGCGUCUGCUUUCAUUUCUGAUCUGGAGCUGGAACGAGCUUCAUCGGCUGAUCCAGAUGUCAUAAUUUUGGACGACGAUGCUGAUGACCCGUCCACGGCUCGUCAUCGCGUGAUGCUGCAAGACCUCGGCCGGUGUCUACAGGACAGCAAUGCUCAGCCGUUUACCGAAGUGCACCCGCCAACUCGUGUGAAACGGACAGAGUGUGUGGAGAUCUUGGAACACACAGCAAUCAAAGUAGCCGCCAGCAUUCAGUUGAACAACAACCUACUGGUUAAGUACUAA